AGUACUCCUAAUUUACAGCGGAAAGCCGGAAACAAACAAGCAUAAAAAAAACCCACAUAUAUUUCUGUUUAUUUUACCGCCGGAAUGGGGGAUAGUAGUAGCAGCAGCGGCGAGGAAGACGGUGACGCAGAAUGGAAAGCCGCAAUAGAUUCCGUCGCCGGAACUAAUAACGGUCUCGCUAAAUCUACUUCCAACGGUGACGUCCCCACAACAAAAAGAAGUAGCAGCACCACCACUAAUCACAAAGACAUCAAACGCUAUCAACUCAAGGCUCAAGAACUACUUGAUAAGAUAUUAGGAAAGAGCAUUGAGAUAGUGAGUGAUCCUACUCAUGAUGCUGAUAAUGAUUCCAAGAUCGAUGGAGGUGGAGUUAGAUUGUUUAAGGAUGCCCCUGUUGGCAUAGUGUUUGAUCAUGCCAGUGAAUGUCAAGGGCCAAGGAGAAGACCAAGAAUUGUCCCAGGGAAAGAAUUGGAUGAAAAAUCAAAAAAGUUUAAGCACCAGGUCGAGUCUGUCACAGUUGAUGGAAUGAAAAUAUUAACUGCAGCAAAGGAUGCUUGUCAGAAAUCAUUAGCCAAAAUGGAAGCCAGAGAUGCAGCUAGAAAAGCAGCUGUCAAAAAAGAGGAAGAAAGAGUUGCAGAACUAAAAAAGAUCAGGGGUGAGAGAUGGCUGCCCUCUAUUGCCAAAAAUAUGCAAGCAAAGUCUUGAGCUAAAUGAAUAUACAUGGCAGCAUAUAAAGGGUUAUUGUGCAUUCUCGUUUUGGUCGUGUUUCACAUGAUGCAUCUUCUUUAGAUUGUGAAGCUUGCAAUCAGUUUUAUUAUUUGCAAUCAACACCAUUGUCAGUUGGACCCAUUUUAAGUCUUCUCUGUGAUUAUCUUGUAAGCUGAGAAGUGAGAAUUGACAAAUAGAACAAUUUUUGUAGCAUUUUACUGGUUUGCCAACUAUAUUUCGGUUGCCCCUUUUGAUUUUUAGAGAAUGUGUUCGGCAGUAAUGAAUGUGUCGCAUUAUUGGUUGAGUUUA